AUGUUUGUUGUUGUUUCUCUCAGCUCCAGUUUUGGAAAACCUGUUGCUCCGCCCAUCAUUCCCACAACCUGUGAGGCUCCACCUGAGGAUGACAUCAUGACACUGGUGGAUUAUGCCCCACCUCCUCCUCCUCUGGCUCCCGAUGAUGAGAUCAUGAACACCUCUGUCCCACCUCCUCCCGUUGAUUCUUUAGGGGAUAUGGUGACCCAGCCCUCCCCCUCCCCACCACAGUCAGGUCUUCUGACCAAUCAUAACACAGUUCUGCCAGCCCCACCCCUCAUCCUAGAGACAGUGGUGGAGGAGAACCUCCCCCCUCCUCCAUCUGAAGAUGAUGUCUCUCCUCUGACCAAUGAUGUCUCAGAGUUGCCAGCCCUGCCUCCUCCACCUCCACCUAUCCAGGAAGUAGAUGUAACCCUCCCCUCCUCUAGGAGGAGCCGUCGCCGUCGCUCUCCUCCCACCACUCGCUCUCUCUCUUUGCGGGUCCGCUCAGGCCCCGCCUCCCACUGCCGCUUCACACGCUCUCUCUUCCUGCCUGCUGUCCAAUCCUUGAUGAUCCCGCCUCCUCCCCCUUACCCCCCCCCUCGCACUCCUUAUGCUCCCCCCUCCUCCUUUUCCUCACCUCAGCUCUGCUUACCUGCUCGCCUCCAACACCUGGAUCUGGAGAUCCCUGCGCCUCCCCCUUCUUUUCUACUGGACACUGAGGGUGGCCUUGAUGACAUCUUGUUGCCCCUCCCUCCACCACUGGAUUGUGACGACACAAACAUGCAUAUCCUGGAGAGAGUGGUGGUGCUGUACAACUAUGAGGCCUCUAAACCCGGUGACCUAACCCUCACUGAAGGUGAAAUUGUCCACCUGACACGUCGCCAUGAUGAUGGCUGGUGUGAGGGUUUCCUGGACGGAAGGCAGGGCUUCUUCCCUGAGAGCUACGUCACUCGACUGAUCCACCCAUAAAGAUGACAUGAAGGUCAAAGGUCGAUCACUGAGAUAAAACGAUCACUGAGAUAAAAGGACCAACCGGAAUUUUAUUGACUUUAUUUUCAUUCAGUUGUAUUAAUGGUGACAAUAAGAUUCACAUACUUUGUUUAAAUGAUGACAUGAUUAAUCAUGUCUUUGAUUGACGGACAAGUCACUUGGAAUAACAUCUGUGAUGCUGCACUGCACCCUGCUGGCCACAGACACAAACUACACAUUUACAAAAAAGUAAAAAAAAAGUAGAAUUAUUAUCAUACAUGUUAAGAUCAAUAAAGUUAUUAAUCUA